AUGUCACAUUCUUUAGAAACUAAAAUUCAAGUAGUUAUCCUAAUGGCGAAAUAUGAGUCUCCUGUUAUGGUUAUUCGUGAACUACGACACCGAGGAACGACAAAUAUUCCAGAAAGGCAUACAGUAACAUCAAUAUACCAGAAAUUCCUCGAAACUGGCUCGGUUGGAGACCAUGCUCAUACCGGAAGACCCUCAACAAUAACAGAAGAUAAAGUUCAAGAGAUUCAACAAAUUUUGGAUGAUGAACCUAUGAACAGUGUUCGGACUGUGACACGAGAAGCAAACAUUUCCAAAUAUCAAACACAUCAGAUAAUGCGAGAUAUUAUCGGAUAUAAACCAUACAUAAUGCAUAGCGUUCAACAGUUAUAUGAUGAAGAUAUGGAUAUACGUGUGGAAAUGUCGGAACAUCUGAUACCGAUUCUUGAAGAUCAAAGAAAUAACGGAAACAUUUUUUUUUCUGAUGAAUCAACUUUUUACCUAGAUGGCGCGCCGCCGCAUUUUUCCAAAGAAGUUCGUGCAUGGUUAAAUGAAAAAUUCAAUGGAAGUUGGAUUGGCAGAGGUGGUCCAAUAUCUUGGGCACCACGCUCUCCACACUUGACGCCACUUGAUUUUUUUCUAUGGGGGUACAUCAAACCAAAAAUAUUAGAAUCAAAUCGUUGCCCAAGUGUAUAUGAAUUAUUAGAUAACACUGUUAUGAAUGACUCUUAUUCAUUAAAUCGUUAUAAAUUCUAUCCAAAUGCUCGUGAUGUACUUGGAUCAAAAUAUGCUAUUGUGAGUUUAGUAAUCAUUGUUGGAAAAUCAUUGCAAUCUCAAACGUUUACAAUAAAAUUAAUUCCUGUUAUCGUGAUUCUACUUGUUUUAAGUGGUCUUAUACUGAAUAUAUUUUCAGUAGCUACACUUGCGUUGCAUUGGAAAGAAGUAUGUGUUGUUCGUGGAGUUGCCUUUGAUAAAAUGUUAAGUAAAAAACUUGCUGGCAAACUAAAAAAUGACGUGCAUAAUUUCUAUUUACGAGACGAUAUUUCAUAUCAAUUACCAGGUAAAAGAGACACAGUUGUUAUUAAAGAGGAUGAUGGAAAAAAAAUUGAGGAAAACGUUACGGACGGCAACGUUAAGAGUACUUGGUCACAACGGAUGAUUGAAAAUGAUCGUGCAGAAAGAAAAGUAUUUUCUGGAAAUGUUGAUGAAGCAGUUUUGUUAUUGAAGUCAAAAGUUGAAGAUUUUCUGUAUCAUAUGUACAUUAAACGAGAACAGGCAAAGUAUUUUGAAAAGUUAAAGACCGAAGUUAGUGAUGAAAAGAUAGUACUGCAAGUCGAUUUUGCAGAGAAUUUCAAUAUGAAAGAACAAGACGAGAUCCAGAAGGCUCAUUGGAACACAAAACCAUUGCCUAUAUUUACGGCUUUUGUGUGGUCAAAAGGUGAAAACUUUUCUUUUGCUGUACCAUCGUUAGAUGUAACACACGAUAAAUUUGUUGUUGAUUCUGCUUUGAAAAUCAUUUUAAAUCAUAUCGAAACAGUUCUUCCAAAUGUUGAAGAAAUAAAUUGUUUUUCAGAUGGUGCUGCUUCUCAGUUUAAACAACGUUUUCAUUUUCGAAAUUUAACAUGA